AACACCGACGCUCGCUCACGCCGUAUUAUCGAAUCCGCGACUCCUACGUAAUAGAUACCGGUAUCUUGGAACGCUGAAACAAACUGACUUUAUGUUGAUGUGAGUGUUGUGUUUGUGAUUAUUUCAUAUCAGUGAUAACAGUGAAGUGAAAUUUAGAAAACAUGCCUGAAAAACCUAAAAGGCGUAAAAAUAAUAAAAAUAAGCGUAAAAACAAGAAUCGUGCAGAUCCUAAUGUCGGAAACAGUCGUUCAAAUAAUGAUGGUGACACGCAGUGUCUUGAAAACCAAGAUGUAGAGAAAUGUGAAACUGUUUCUAUUACUGAGGGAAAAAAAAUUAUAGAUGAUUUAUCAGAAAAUACGCCUAAUGUUAUUGAUAAGGUUGUAAUCAAAGUAGAAGAGAAGUGCGAAAUCGAUUCCAGUGUACAAAAUAAGAUAUCAGUUAAAACAGAAACUACUGACGAUAUUGAUAAUGUCGUAAAUGAUGAUACUAACGGUGAUAAUAAUUUUGAAUUACAGAAAGGUGCUGAGUUGAAUGCCAAAAGUGAUAGUAAUUCUCUGCUGCUAUAUGAUACAGUCGAAGGCUCGCUAAAUAAUGCUAUAAUUUCUAAUACAUACGUUGAAGAAUCUCCUGAACAGUCAAAUAAAAAGAAAUCAAAGUUAUCGAGUAGUAAAAAGAGCAAAAGUGUUGAUGAUGACGAAUUUCCAAAAAUUACCGAAGUAACAGAUGAAAUGCCCUCUGUACUAGAACAAGAAGGUGCAUUAUGUUCCAUUGAAAAUUCUGGUUUAGUAGUAGACAUGGAUUCAGAUGUAGAAUGGGAAAACACAGUAGAUUUAGAGGAGGAUAAAUUUCCAAAAAUUGAAGAACUUGUCACUGGUACUUUGACUGUGACAACGAUGCCCCUCACAGUAGCUCAUUGUGAGCAAGCCAAAUUAUUGAGUCCAGAAGAAGAACAGUCACUUCGCCGUUACUUACAAACUUUGGAUUUAGCAACCAGUCCCUCCACCUCCUUAGAAAUUAAAACUGAAAUUGAGCAAAUAAUCAAUAGUGAAAUAAAACAUAGGUUAAGAAAAAAAGGUUUUGCAGAUGAUGUUUUAUCGCAAAGACUCUGUCCACCAAGAACUUUAGACGUAAUUGAUGAAGAAGGCAGUGGCGAUUCCUCCAUACAAUCGCGUAGGCACUCUUACUUGAGCGACAAAAAAAGUGAUAAUGAUGACUUAGAAGAUGAUGUUUUUGAAAAACCUGGUAAUCAAUCAACAUUAAAGAGAAGUUACGAUAUACAAUGGGAGAAUGUGUUAAAGAAAAAAUCUUCUACGAGACAAAUACCACAGACAUGUGUACUUGUUGGAGCAAAACUAAAAGAACCGGAAAUCAGUGAAGCAAGGGGUGAUUGGAGUGUACAGACUGUUGAAAAGAUGACUGGUGCUGAAAUCGUUUAUUUAACAGAUUCAUCCAGCAGUACUAGCUCAAUAUAUGACGUUGGUGAUGAUGAAACUGAAAAUGGGCAAGAUACAGACGUGUCUGUUCGCAUGAUAACACCUACUAUAGAGGUUACGGAUACCGAGAAUUUCUUAAAGAAAACCUUCAUUUCUGAAAACAAAGACAAGACUAAUAUUCCGGAACAGAAAUCAAUUAAAAUAGAAAAUGACUUAAUCUCCAAAUCAGAGGGAUCUUUGGAAAAUUGUCAUAACAAAUCAAGUGAUAAAAUCGAUCAAAAAUUACAUGAGGUUGUCGUUCUAACCACUGAUAAUAUUACAACAAAUUUAACAGUGAAGGAUGUUGAUGAAACGGACAAACCUCAAGAAAGGUUAAUUACUGCUGAAAAUCUAGCAGAGAAGACAGAAAGUUCGUCUCAUCAUAUAAAGUCUAAUUCUUCUAUACGUUUUCCUGAUUACGACUUGGAAAUGAAAGUUAUAAAGUGUGAAUUAAAUGAUGCUAUAAAUCAUUUAAUUAAGGAAGUGAGUGAUUCAGAAAUCAUGAAUGAAAGUGCAAAAGAAAUUUUCACUCGACAAGACUCUUCUAGCAGUUUAUCUUCAUCUCAGUGUACAGCUAUUUACAAUCCUAAUUCAUCACUUAAUGAUUUAAGUAACAAUGAUGUUUCGUCUCAAGCUAGUAAAGGAAUAAAAGAGUACGAAAAAGAAUCAACUAUAACUAGCCAUGUUAAAGAUGUUAUUGAACAUAUCGAUAUAAAUUCAUCAUGUAACAUUAAAGAUUUGCAUCAUAUAGUUAAGCAACCGCAAAGAUUGCGGGAUAUAUGUGUUGACAAAAUAUCAAGUUUUCCUUAUGGAUUGAAGAUAUUAGAAGAAUUGGCCAAUGUCUCUUUACGACUUCAAAAUAUGAAUAACCUUGGUACUGAAGAAAUCGUAAAGAAAGACCGUAUAGAAUUAACAACAGAGGAUAAUUACGUUCCAUUGGAAACUUUCAACAAACAAAUGUCAACAACUAACAAUAUCAGGCAAACUGCGCAAAAAAACGUAAAUUCUGAAGAUGAAUCUCCACCUCCCGUUCCUCCUCCUCCGAUUCCACCUCCACCAGUCAUACCUAGAAAGACAUCGUUAAAGAAGUCUCAUGAAGUUCAAUCACCUUCUGAUGUACAGAAACUGGAAGCUCCCUACGUUUGUUUAUCUCCAUCGCAUAAAAUGUUGAUGGAAGAAACUAAUACAGUAGUUACUAAUAAGGAAAAUAAUUCACAAGAUUCUGUACGCAAAAUAAAUGUGAAUCGUCCAACUGAGUCGAGAACUCAACAGCUGGAAAAGCCCAUCAUGCGCCCCCUAAAGUCGGAAACAGGAUCUCGUUUAAUGGCGUUGAUAUCAGAUCCUUCAAUUACGAGUAAUAUAAAAUCAUCAUUUAAUAAAUUCAGUGACGAACAAUACCAAUGUACCCAAAAGUUGGAAGAAACAAAAUCUUCUAGAAAACAUAGUGAUCCCGUUCAGCGAACCUCUUCAGAUAUCUCCAAGCCUAUUCCACCGCCACGACCAAAAAAAUUGUCAUCUUAUUACGAAAGCGACGAAAAUUCAGAUUUUGCUGAAAGUUCUUUUAAAACUAUGAAAAGCGAAAAAAGAAUGUUUCAUUUCUCUACUGGUAACUUAAACAAAGAGAUUGAAGAUGACAUAUCGAGUAUACAAAACAUGCAUAGAAAUUACGUAAACAUACGGGAUCAAAAUAGAGAAGUUAGUAGUCCACGUCGACCUUCUUUGCCAAAAGACUUGUGUGACCAACAAAUGGAAUAUAUUCGUCAAAAAGAAAAAGAAGUAGAAGCUGAGAUUCGACGCCUUGAGGAGGAAAAAACGAGACCGAUUGUCAGAAAGGGGCCUAGAGCCCCUAUGCUCACAGAAAAAGAUAUUAACAAGGAAUCGUUAUGGAACCAAAAUCAAAAGCACACAACUAGAGGAAUGAUAUGGACAACUGGAACGCCGGAUAAAAGCAAAAAAGACAAAAAUUCUAAUGUCUUUAGUAGUAGUCAAGAAGAGUUACUUCGAGAAAAGAUGUAUUCCGAAUAUUUAAACGAAAUUGCAGAACGCGAAGAAAGGAAACAUCAUAAAGUAAUCAAAAUAACUAAAACUAAUGUACCCUCAAACACCAGACUUAUUUCUAAAAGUAUGUCAGCAUUAGAUGUUCUUGAUGCAAGAGUUAAUAAUAGAAUAGAAGAAGAGUUUAUAUCAAAAGCUAGAGAAAGAUGGAACAAGCUUGGAAUAAGAGAUCCAGAGAGUGAAGAUGAAAGGUAUAAUAAAAGGAAUGUGUAUAGGGAACCUAAAGUGAUCGAACAUAAAAUCAAAGUGAUUGAAGCUGGAGAAGAAAAAGACGUGCAUAAUUUGCCUAAUCAUUUGCAAGAAUUUGUGACUUUUACUGCGGAUAAGAAGCAGGAGUCGGGGAGCACCGAGACCGUCAUGAUAGCGCCGACGUUCCGAGCUCGCUCGACGUCACCAGGUAAAGAGUGGUAA